UUUGAUUAAAAUGCUCCAGAGAGGAUAUCGGAUCUCAUAGACAUAUUUUCCUCGGUGCUCAAGGCUUGAGGGCACUUGAGAAAUCGACCGAGAGCGUUUUCUUUCCUCCGAUCCGAGAUCUGCCGACAGGUACCAAGAAAUUUAGAUCCACACUCUUAGCAGUAGAGCAAUGCCUGCUCAAAAGAUAGAAACAGGUCACCAUGAUGUGGUUCACGACGUAUCAAUGGACUAUUAUGGCAAGCGUCUAGCAACCGCUUCUUCUGAUGCUACCAUUAAGAUCAUUGGUGUCAGCGGAUCCUCUCACCACCCACUUGCUACUCUCACUGGCCACCAGGGUCCCGUCUGGCAAGCUGCGUGGGCCCACCCAAAGUUCGGCUCCAUACUCGCCUCGUGCAGCUAUGAUGGCCGCGUGAUCAUUUGGAAGGAAGGAAACAAGCCCGAAGAGUGGAUUCAAGCCCAUGUGUUUACUGAACACAAGUCCUCUGUUAACUCCAUAGCUUGGGCUCCUCACGAACUUGGCCUCUGUUUGGCUUGUGGAUCAUCGGAUGGAAACAUCUCCGUCUUCACUGCUCGGUCUGAUGGGGUAUGGGAUACUACUAAGAUCGAUCAGGCUCAUCCUGUUGGGGUUACUUCUGUGUCGUGGGCCCCAUCAACUACACCUGGUGCUCUUGUGGGCUCAGGACAGCUCGAUCCCGUGCAGAAGUUGGUUUCCGGUGGUUGUGAUAAUACUGUUAAGGUGUGGAAGUUAUAUAAUAAUGGUUGGAAAAUGGAUUGUUUUCCUGCACUCCAGAUGCAUUCAGAUUGGGUGAGAGAUGUGGCUUGGGCGCCGAAUUUGGGGCUUCCGAAAUCUACUAUUGCUAGCGCAUCGCAGGAUGGAACAGUGGUUAUAUGGACGGUGGCGAAAGAGGGUGAUCAGUGGGAGGGGAAAGUGCUGUAUGAUUUCAAAACUCCAGUGUGGAGGGUUUCAUGGUCAUUGACGGGAAACAUUUUGGCUGUGGCUGAUGGGAAUAAUAAUGUGACUCUGUACGACAGUUGAGCCGUAAGAGAUUCUAAAUCUUGGAUGGGGUUUCUUUUAUGUGCCUUGCUGAUAGGAAAGUUUCACAUUUUCUUUUAUAUGUGUGGUUGCUUUAGACAUUUUUUAUUUUGUAUUGCUUUUGGGUGCACAAUGUUAUAGCCUUGUCUAUUUAAAAGCAUGAAGUGUUAUCGUGUUGUGUUCCUGUCAAACUCUUUGAAUGGCUGCGAGGUUUUACUUAGAUAUCUGGUGUUAUGACUUCA